AUGGAUAAAAUUUCUAUCGUCUUAUUAGAAUCUUCAUCGUUUCAAGAAGCUAUUAAUUUCAUCGAAGAUUUCAUCGAAAACGAUCAAUUGAUAGUUUGUUAUGCACAUAUGUGUAUCAAAGAAUUACUAUGUGAAAAUAUUUUCGAUAAAAAGACAUCAAUGAAAUAUAUAACAGAAAUAAGAAAGUUUUUAAUAGAUUUGGUACCACAGCUGAAUUUUUCGUUAAAAGAAUUAAAAGACGAAUAUUCAAUAUUUCACGGAAACAAAAAUUUACCAAAUCCAUCGCAAGAUAGUAUUUAUUGUGCUAGCUCAUUAAUCCAAGGGAUCAAAGAAAUGGAAAGUUCAAGAAAUGAAUAUGGGACAUUAAUACUUCACAAAUGCACAUUUUUUCUAUUUAUCAAAACGUUACAUGAAUUAGCACAUGCGUGCUUAUUCGACGCUUGUCGACGAUUCAUGGUCAAUGAAAAGGAUGAAACAAUAAAAUUUAACACACCAGCCACUCAUGCUUUAACUGCAGAAAGUGGAAAUGCAAUUGAACGUUAUCUUUGUGGUUCAAUUGUUGACGCGACAGGCUAUAUGAUAACAGAAAAUAAUACGGAUAUUUAUGUUGUCAGUGAAAUCUAUUUAUUGGAAACUAAACCAUCACGUGUUAUUAGGAAUGAAUCUAUCAAUUUAUUCUUCAAAUCGGAUAUAAGAACAGUGGAACGAAUACCUGAAUUAGCUGGUACUAUUAUUACAUGCCAAAGUUUGAAGAAGCUUUCAGCGAAAAAAAAAAGAAAAUUUGCAAAAUCAUCUAAUCGAUACAAUGAUGAAUCAGAAACAAGUGACAAAGAUAUUCGUUUGAAUGUACAUCAAACAGAACUUGAUUUUAUAUGUAAAGCCUAA